AUGGCGGGAGUCUUAGAUUCAUUGAGUCCAAAGUUGCUUGAGGAUGGCAGGGUGCUUGGAGUUACAAUCAUAGCAAUAUUGGCAAUUACAAUUCUUCUAAGAAGAAUAUCCCAGCGUUUCUCGUCGGAUUAUCAGUUUUGGAAAAGCCAGCCAUGGGCCGGAAUACGGUCCGAGUUGUUCUCUGGGACAAGAGCAUAUUUCCGAUCUUUCUUUACCGUCCGUGACAUGGUCGAGAACGGAUAUCACAGCUAUUCAACGAGUAGAAAGGCAUUUGUCCUACCCGUGUUUGGCGGAAAGCCAUGGAUAGUACUUCCAAAAAGUUCUGCAAAAGAUCUUAUUUCAAGAUCUGACUCGGAAUUGAGCUCAGAUGACAUUCAUAUCGAGCAGUUGCAGGUUAACUAUACACUUGGCCCCAAGGGUGUUCAUCUAAUGCGAGUACCACUACAAUUUGAUGUACUCCGGCGUCAAUUAACCCGAAAGCUCCCUCUUCUGACGGGAGCUGUUUAUGAUGAAUUGGACAAAGGGUUCAAACAGUACUGGGGUACUGAUACUACGAAUUGGGUUGAGGUAGAGGCAUUCCCUACUUGUUUGAAAUUAGUUACGCGCGCAGCCAAUAGAGUCUUCGCCGGUGAAGAAAUCUGUCGCAAUGAAGAUUUUUUGGAACAUUCGAAGCAAUACACUCAAGGGACGGUAUUUGCCUCUAUGGCGCUGCGACUCAUUCCGAAAGUAUUGCGGCCUUUAGCAUCUCCAAUCCUACUGUUGCAUAAUAAUCAGCAUUUUCGUGUCUGCGCACGGAUUUGCGUGCCGGUUGUGCAGGAGAGGAUUCGAAAUACAAAAGCGAAGCAAACAGAUGAAUCCUUUGAAUGGGAGCCUCCGGUUGAUGCUCUGCAAUGGCUUGUGGAGGAGUGCAUAAACACCGAAGACCCAAAGGAACUAGACCCAGUCCUGAUUACACGUCGACUAUUACUUCUAAAUAUGGUGGCAAUUCACACAACCUCAAUUAGCAUCACUCAUGCAAUACUCAACGUCAAUACUUUUGAGCAUUCAGAACAAGUCAUUGCCAGUCUAAGAGAGGAGUGCAAUCGCCUUCUUGGUGAGAAUAAUGGUGUCUGGACGAAGGCAGCUUUGAAUGAUGCUUUGCGCCUGGAUUCUACCAUCAAAGAAUCCAUGAGAUGCGAUGACUUAGAGCCUUUUUCGACCGGUCGUAUGGUAGUUCACCCCAAUGGUAUUGAUAUUGAAACUUCGACUGAGAGUUCUCUACACGUUCCGCACGGGGUAACUCUCUGCUUACCGUCGCACGGAAUUCAUCGUGACCCAGAAUACUAUUACUCACCACUUGAAUUUCGACCAUUCCGUUUCUCUGAGCCACGAGAAGUGUUUCUGAAAUCUCAGAAAGAGCUACCGCGUGAGCAAUCCUCGGCAUCAGAUGUACAGGGGUCUAUCAAACAGACCGCACUUGAUUUGAAAACAACGGCGCUGGUCACGACUAGCGACACUUAUCUUGCUUUCGGUCAUGGUAGACAUGCUUGUCCAGGUCGCUUUUUCGCGGCGCAAGAGAUGAAGCUGAUGUUGGCAUAUGUGCUUCAGAAUUAUGAUAUCGAGAAGUUGAGCGAGAAACCUCCCUCUACAAUGUUGAUGGGUACAAAUGUUCCAAAUGAAAAAGCCAAGAUUCGAGUGAAAAGAAGGGCUUAG